AUGCCAUUUGUUCCAGAAAAGUUUAUUUUAGUAUUUACAUCUGUUUUUAUUCUACAGGAAUUUACCGUGUCUGGGUUUGAGAGAAAAUUAAUGGAAGAGAUAAAUUAUCGUGAUGGGAAGAUUAAGAUGAUGAGUGAAACAGAAACAGAAUACGAUUCUGAACAACCUGAAGAAAGAGUCAUCAACACCCAGCCUCCAGAAAUAUUACAACAGUUAAACGAUACACAACUUAUUGAAGGUGGUGAUGCCACAUUUGUCUGUAAAAUUAUGGGAAAACCACGACCAAAGAUUGCUUGGUAUAGAAAUGGAAAACGUAUCAAGAAAUCUAAUCGUUAUGAUAUAACGUACGGACAAGAUAAUAUGAGUGUAUUGAAGAUUCGAGUCACUCUACCAGAAGAUACUGGAUAUUACACUGUCCUAGCUGUUAACUCAGUCGGUAAAGCCACCACCUCUGCCCAACUUUACGUUGAUAAACUCGGCAACAUUGAUGCUACUUCUUUCAUGGAACCUGAGAGCCUGAAAAAGAUGCUUAAGAGAGGUAAAAAGGGUAAAGUAUCAGAUGAUGGAGGAGUUUUUGAUGCUCCUGCAGCACCACAAUUCAAAAAGAUUCCUGAUGAUUUAACAGCAUCAGAAGGUACCACUGUCAGGUUUGACUGUCUUGUGACUGGACGACCUGCACCAGAAUUAGACUGGUAUAGAGACGGCAUCCUGGUUCACAGGGAUGAUAACCAUAAGAUUGUUGUAAAUGAGAAUGGUAUCCACUCGUUAAUUAUAAAGUUUGUAUCGAGACGAGAUGCCGGGACCUAUAAUUGUCUAGCUCUGAAUAAAGCUGGUGAAGAUAGAUUUACUAUUACUCUUAACGUCACACCGAAAGAAGAGAAACAACCCCCCAGAUUUAUUGAAAGGGUCCAGAAUUUCACUGUAAAAGAGGGUAACCCUGUAACUCUGUCCUGUCAUGCUGUUGGCAUGCCAACUCCUUUGAUGUCAUGGCAGAAAGACGGACACCACGUCACUCCAACACAUGACAUGAGAGUAAAUACAGAGGGUGGAAGAUCGGCUCUGUAUAUUGAAGAUACUAAACUAUCAGAUGCUGCUUGGUACCAGUGUACAGCUGCUAAUACUUCUGGUAGUGCUACAACUAGAGCUAAACUUGUUGUUCAAGGUAUGUUUUGGAUAUUUAAGCCAUCAUCAGGACAGCUGGUUUCAUGGGGAAGUGUGAUGUGCCUCUCAAGUGCUCAGAGACACCAUGCUUCUUCUUCAACUGAGCUGCCCUUUCGUAUCUAA